UUUCAUUUUGCCAUGUGAAUGGCAAGAUUUGGAUCCACUGUAUUCUCCCGAGGGUGUUCUUCAUCGGGAUUUGCAUCGGCCCUUAAGAAUUGCACCGAAGUGUCCGAGGGCUUGGAAGCGUGGAAGAAGCCCAAGAAGCGUUUGAGAAAGUGUUUGAGAAGAACCACAUUUCGUGGACACUCUUCAUUGCGGCACUUGCCCAGAACGGGCAUUGCAAGGAGGCACUUGCAACCUUCAAGAAAAUGGAUCUGGAGGGUGUCAAGCCGAAGAGGCUCGCGUUCCUGCGAGUGAUCGGAGCUUGCUGUGACGCCAGAGACGCAACCGAGGGCAGAAAAGUCCAUGCACGGGUUCUGGAAGACGCUGUUCUGGCGAGUGAUGUGUUUUUGAGCGCGGCACUCAUCAACAUGUAUGGGAAGUGUGGCUGCCUGGACGAGGCCGAGAUGGUGUUUGGUUCCAUCGCUUCCAAGGACGAUUUCUCGUGGACUUCGAUGAUAAGAGCAUACGUGGAGCACGAAGAGUUUGAUCUGGCGCUGGAGAUCUACAUGGAGUUUCUGGUGGAAGGAGGCAAACCAGACGCGUCAACUUUCAAGAACAUCCUGAGAGCUUGCACUGGAUUGGAAGAGAAAUCUCUCCCACAAGGCAGGCUCGUCCACUCCCAGAUCCUCGAGUCCGGGCUCGGCUCAAACUUGGCGCUCGUCAAUCGCCUCGUCUAUCUCUAUGGAAGCUCCGGGUGCUUUGAGGAGGCCAUGGAUCUGCUAGACCGCAUGAAUCCACCGGAGGACGUCCCAUGGAACGCAAUGGUGGCUGCGUUGUCCCAGCGCGGCAAGAACAGGCAAGCUCUCGAGCUCUUCAACCGGACGAGUUUGGAGGGAGUGAAGCCGAGCGGCGUGACAUUCGUGAGUGGAAUCGAUGCCUGUUCGGAUGGUGGCGAUGAGCAGCAAGGCCGAGCGAUCCAUGCGCGAGCUCUCGAGGCCGGAUUCGGCAGCGACGAGGUGGUGACCGGAUGCUUGAUCAAUAUGUACGGAAAGUGUGGAAAUCUCGAGCAAGCCAGGCGGAUGCUGGAAGCUAGCGGCUGGAACAACUUGGUUUCGUGCACUUCCUUGAUCUCGGCCUACUGCCAGCACGGUCUUCUCGAAAACGCUCUCGAUGUCUUCCACCGGGUCGAGCAGGGAGGGAUCAAAGCCAACAAGGUGACGCUCGUGAGCGUAGUUGCCGCGUUUUGGAGCUCGGAUUUCCUGGAUCGAGGGCGAGCCAUGCACGCUCGUUUGAUCGAGCUCGGGCACUCAUCGGACGUGAUCGUCACCAACGCGCUCAUCGGCAUGUAUGGAAAGUGUGGAAGCUUGCCCGACGCGAAGAUGAUCUUCGCGAACGCUCGCCGGAAGAACGCCGUGUCGUGGAACUCGAUCAUCGGAGCUUGCUCGCAGCAGGGAGAUGGCAAGAGCGCAUUGGACUUGUUCGCGAGGAUGGACCUCUCGGGGUCCUCUCCGACGACCAUCACGCUCGCAAACGUCCUGGAAGCUUGCGUCCGGAUUAACGAUCUGCCUAGAGGAAAGGUGAUCCAUCUGGAAAUCCGGGGAUCCAUGCUCGAGCACGAUCCAAACGUGAGGAGCUCGCUGCUAAACAUGUAUACCAAGUGUGGCAGCCUCGUCGAUGCCGAGAAGAUCUUCCAGCGCUGGCAAAGCUCUUGCGUGGUGACAUGGACGAGCAUGAUCGCGGCCUAUGCCAAGCACGCUCGAUUCCAGGACUCCCUCAAGCUCGGCCAGAGGAUGGAGAUGGAGGGCGUCAAGUUUAACGAGGUGACGUUCCUGACCGUGAUCUUCGCUUGCAGCCACGCCGGAUUCGUGGAGCAAGGCUGCCACUACUUCGUGUCUAUGACGAGGGAGCGUGGGAUGACGCCGAGCUUGGAGCAGUACAGCUGCGUGGUGGAUCUUCUGGCGCGAGCCGGAUGGAUUGAGCAAGUGCUGGACUUCAUCGAGAGGAGGAUGCAUCUCCCCCCAAACGCCGCGACUUGGAUCGCACUGCUGAAUGCUUGUAAAAUCCAUCAUGAUCUCCAGAGGGCCGUGAUGGUGGCAGAGAGAAUCAUCGAGCUAUCGCCUGGGAAUUCGUCGGCGUGCUCGCUAUUGCAGGAUGUUUGCAAUGAAGCAGGGAUCACGCAGUCGGAUAUUUUGGCCUCAUGACUGUCUCAAUAUUUCUCCAAACAUUGCAAAGAUCACGUUGGCUAGAACUAUCACGGAUGCAUGGGGGAAAACAACGAAGAAAAUGGUCCUAUAGUACCUUUACAAUUGUCUACCAAGCUUUAUCUUUCUUCA